CCAAUGCCCCCCUUCAGCAUCUAGAUUGAUAUCGCCGGUAAUUAUGCCACGUCCGUCACGUUGGCGGACCGGGCGGAUAAACGCCUCAUUCCUCGGGGUGCUUGACGGUGACAUUAUCCGAGGAUAGAAGCGCUUGCUGCUUGUAUGAAUUGACUCCCCUGAUGUCCGGGACAAGAGGAUCUAUCUGCAAUGUUGGACCAGUUGAUUGGUACACGCGAUCGGGCUGCUUGAGCCAUUUCUUUGGGCAUCAGAACUACCAUCCGUGUGGAAAAUGACGUGCCUCUGGUAGGAGUACUCGCAGCAUAAAGGCCAGGUGGAGAGUCAAAGUUGAUCCACAUGUUCCGCGAAACAGCGUGAUCGAAAGACAUGGUUGUCGCGAGAAUAUUCAAUACCCACCAGUUUUGUCUGCCGGAUGAGAAUAAAAUGUCUGGAUGGAGAUGAAACGUACAAAUUUGAAAUGGUCAAAGACUCUUCAAAAGGAAUGAAGCUUGCUGGUGAGAAAGUCCGAGAAGAAGUAGAGCAGGCGGCAAAUUUGUCAACCCAUGGCAGAACCAAGUGAAUACAUUCAUGAACGACAAAAUCUUCCUCCAGCAUCCAUAAUUCCGUAGCUACAGCUUGCGUCUCGUCUACCCGUCGGAUGGUGAAUAUUCAAUACUUUGGUGGACUUUACAGUAAACGGAUCAGAUCUGAAGAUGUUGCUGGGAAUCUUCACCUUUCCUGAUUGGCUCUAGUCCUGCAAGCCUCCCCUGUGCUCCAACCUCCAGAACAAACAGGCAACUCGGAUUGUCAUGAGCACUGCAGUUAUUCCAGCAUCAACUCCUCCCCAGAACUAAUAUUGACGCGCUGGUCUUGCUUACGAGUACGAAGUGCUUAUUUUCGAACCUGGCUGGCGUCUGCCUGACUACCAGGAGCUAUGGACCAGCUCACUCGUCAUUUGCUUGACAAAGAAGUCAAGAAGUUUAUUGAUUCGAUUGAUCCAGCUUUGGUCUGCAAAUUGGCUACAUUUUUGCAUCCUGAGAAGAAGCUUUGCCAGGUCUUCUCAGAACCAAAGAAGGGGAGCUACAAUAUCUGCUUUCCUAUCCUCUUUACAAACACGAUCACAACCAAUCCAACACCAGAUGACGAGUUGACCGAGCCAGCCGAGCCAGCCGAGCCUGUUGAACGAUGGAUGAUCCGAAUUCCCCUGCUACCACAUCUUGCAUUUCCCGAGGAGAAGAUGCGAGGCGAGAUUGCAACAAUGAAGUAUAUUGCUGAGAGGACUACCAUCCCUAUCCCUCGUGUCUUUGCAUAUUCCAUCAACCGAGAUAACAUCCUUGGCCUUCCUUUUUUGGCUCUGGAGCACAUUACCGGAAAAACCCUUCAUGGAACUGAUGUGCCACGUCUUUCAGAUGAGCUGCAGUCGCAUUUAUUCAAUCAACUUGCGGAAAUUUACCUCCAGCUCUAUCAACAGCAAUUCGAUCAUAUUGGUGCUCUCACGCUUGACAGCAAUGAUGAGAAUUGGAUUUUUGAACAAAAUCGGCCGCUCACUAUUGAGCUAAAUGAUCAAGAACUCAGUGGCAUGAAGGGUUCUGAGAUUAUGCCCCUCAAGCGGACCUAUUCUUCUACUAUUGAUUAUGUGUUCACUAUUUUGAAAUUGAUUUUCAACGACUUUCACCGCGGGAAAGAUAGUGUUUUCAAUGAAGAGGAUGCACGGAACUAUCUAUAUGGUAUAUUUGCUUCCCAAGGCAUUGUAAUGGAAUGGGUUAAGCAUAAGGACAAUCAUGGACCUUUCAUCCUUAUGCAUGGUGAUCUUCGGCCUCCGAACAUCUUUGUGGACAAUGAUCUGAACAUUGUUUCAAUCAUUGACUGGGAGUGGAGCCACACCAUUCCACCGCAAAUGUUCCUCCCACCUUCUUGGAUUACAGGUCAGGAACUUCCUGCUGCCACGAAAAAGCCCUAUGACUUUGCAUUUACAGUAUAUGUUUCCCGCUUUCAGCGUGCCGCGAUGGCAAGAGAAGACACAUUUUAUAACCCGGGGAAAAAGAUAAAAUAUAUCCUCCCCAUGGUCAUGCGCCUGUCAGAGAAUCUACUGUGGGGGAACAUGUUUAUUGCAUACGCACUCUUGAAACCCUGCUAUUUUGGGAACGUGUACUGGAAUCUAUUGGACCAAGAAUUUUAUGGAGAGGACAGCAAGCAGCGAGUGGAAAACUUCUUUAACCUUAAUCUGCGGAAGCCACAAGUGGAGGCUUUGAAGAAAACAAUGUCUGAGCUUGAGGCUUUCAAGGAAGAACUAGCACUGGCAGGGCUAGAGCCAAUUGAAUCUUACCCUAUGCCAGGUCGCCAACCAGACAAACCAAAGAAGCCGAAAUUCACGUCCCAGAUCCGUAAUCUUGCAAGUAUCCAUCAAUGGCGACAAUCCGACAUCGCAAAUGUUAUUGGCUCCCUUCCGUCUUGGUUACCCUGGUCACUGAUUGGUAUCAGUCUCUCUGUCUGCUGCAGCAUCAUGGUCAAACAGCGACAAUGAAGGGGAAAGAUUACCUGUUGCUGAUUUUCUUCAAUUUCCCUGCGAUAGCAACACGGUAGCAUGCUGCAAUGCAACAAUCUUUUCAUUGAUUGCUUGCAAUUCUGCCUGAUACUUUCUUAUUUCCUGUUCGGGAGUCAUAGUUUCCCCGAUAUCACGCAGGCCCCGUGAUUUUCGGGCGCUGGAGGAAAGUAACUUCAGCUCAGGGAUCUGGGCUUCCAGAGAUUCAAUAAACUCUUCCAGCUCAAGUGCCUUUUGUUGAAGCUGCUGUUGCUCCUCAAGCUUUGCUUUAAGUUCGUCGUUGAUAUCAUCGGAUAGGGACUUAUUUUGGGAGGCCAUUUCGUUGACUCUUCUGUACGGGGAACAUAUCAGCAUUAUGCCAGGUAUAGUAGAAGAAUAGACACGAAAUCCUUACGCAGGAAUCUCUUUUCUCUAAGAUCACUUUGAAUCUCGGUUUUGGAGCUCUUGUAGAAAAUGAUUCAAUGAGAGUAGGAGAUCAAAACCAUUUUGUUAAGAAAGGAGAACUAUUACCCCUCUUCUUCCAACGCUCCGAUGCCAGCACAUCGAACAAGGACCAAGUGGUGAUCGGCCAAUGAAGCAAGAUAGAUAUUCCGGCGUGCAUUGUUGCCUAAUCUCAGGGCCUUGGGCCACGGAUGAAGGUGUGCUUGAUGGCUUCUCAGACUUCGCCUGGUUGGUUCCUCAUCCCAUCUGCAGAAAUAGCGUGUCUUAUUCUGACUAGACCUUUGCCAGAGAGUACAGAUGUGCUGGCUAAUGGCAAGGUUUUGGACAAGGAGCUUCGUUUGAUUCCGAACAACCGUACAUAUACGAACCAGGCUAAUAUAACAAGAAGUCCCCACAAGGAAACUGAGUGCGGUAUCAGAAUAUUAUCAGCCAUUCAUAAUGGCUUGCUUGCAUUGCAUCUCUUGUCUAUCUAAGAACAUGAAUCCCGAUUUAAACAUAAGCUAGCUCCGGAGAAGCGGAUUAAAAGAGCAGAUCAGGGUUCUUGAGACCUGUACUGUCCGCUCGUAGGAUCAGUGCAUCGUCAUGGCCAUGGCGAGAGAGGGUGUGCCAGGAUGCACAGUUUUUCUACCAAGGUCCAUGAUCUGUGCUCCCUAUUUGCCGCUGUAGCCGCAGAGUAUCUUAGAAGUAAGAGUAUUGGUACGCUGGGCAUGGGGUGGUUCAAACACUGUUGGCCACUGCGGAUCAGACUUCUCCAGCUUUAGUGAAGGCAUCUUCUUACACGAAGAAGUUCUCCAAAGCUACUGUUAAUAUUUAACAUCAGUGGCUGGAUCAUGCUAAUUAGAGAGCAGUUAGAAAGUUGCCUCAACGUGCUGAGGGGGUGAAAACGUCAAAGGUCGACAUUCGAGAGGGGAUAUAAAUGGCGGUUUUGAAGUGGGAGCAAGAUAAUAAAGAACUGACAGCCGGAAAGAAAUAAAGAGAGAUGAAAGAAUAAAGGACGGAGAAAGAAGGCUGAGACACAAAAAAAGAUGGGGGGAUAAGGAUAGGCUGCUGAAGAGAAUAUGUUACUGAGUCGUAUUUCUUUGAAAGGAAUAACGAAGACGCUUGUUGAGACUUAAACAGCCUUCAGCCGCGAAUGACUGCGGGGCUGGAGGCAUAGGGAUAUAAGAUGUGUCUUGAAAGAAAGUUAGUUAUUUGAUCUACUUCUUUACCCGGGCCCUCCUUGGUCUCCCCACUUUCUUCGCCACUUUUUUACAAGAUGAGGGCUCCUGGAGGAGUCUCAUUCUUUCCACCUCGCCAGGGGGGAACUCGUCUGCAGGCUCCCAGGUAGAGUACCAUGCAACACGAACAAAUGGCUUCCCAUCUCUCACCUCAUAGCCGAUGAGGGCUCUGUAUUGCCAGCCGGGCUGCUUCCAUUCAGCGGACCGCUGCCCCUUGACGUGUAUCGUCGGUCGGGCAGGUCAUAUCAAUCACCUCAAUGGAACCACCCUCGAGCGGGGGUAGAUGCCCAUGCUUGCAUUUGGACGCCCGGAUGAGAGAGAUUGCAUCACCAUCGAGAUGGUACCUGACUGGGACAUAUCGCCCCCAGUAGUAGUGUAGUCUUGUCUUCGCCAAGCACAGGCUGUCACCAGUAAUUAUAAUCGGCGUAUCUGGUGCAUAUUAGAAUCAUAGAUACCAAAAUAUGCGAGUAGACAUUACCUUGAGGCUCUCCAGGGCUUUGCCUGUGUACGGGGGAAUUUGGUUCGCAGGGUAGAUUCCAGGUCUUUAGGAGAAUGCUGUGCAGGUGGCGAGGGUAGCAAUGUGGCCAGGGUGAUUAUCCCAAGGGUCUCAUGCGAAAUCCUGUCAUCAUCGCCUUGAUCUGAUACCUUAAAUUAUGUCACAGCUGUUAACGCAGAUGUGACAGCGGCAGCGGGUUCGGCUAAACGCGUCUGCUUCUUGGUUCGUCGAAGCACCGACUGCCGCUGGCGCAGGGCCGAUUCUGUCCUCUCGGGGAAACACCCUUCUAUCUCAGGCCAGGGCCGGUGGUUCUCCGUCAUGCUUAGAAGGCGUGCAUCAUCCUCGGGGGACCACCGCCACAGCUUGUCUCUAUGGCCCUUCCUCCUUUUACUGUUCCCAAUCCGAGUUUGCUCGACCUCCUCGUGGGAAUCUGAGCAGAUGGCUGGCUGCAUGCUCUCAUCAGAGUCAGGCAUGCAGCUCGCCAGAGCACCUUCAAAUUAGAAACGUCUUGUGAAAGUUGUACUGGGA